AUGCCAGAGUUAGAUAUAGCCCAGGAAGGAUUCUGCGCUAGCUGCGGUACCCUAGACCAGGCUCUCUGUCUCCACGAACUAAUGAGGCAAUACUCUGUUCCCGACCCUGAUGAUGAAAAAUGUAGCAUCCCAUGGUGUUACGCCGAGACAUGGAGUCCUGCAGGCCCAACAGCCACUCCUUUGUCACUAUUGGAGGAGCUUAGGACGGUCACCUGUAAUGUGUUCAGUGUUCCCAGGACGGAGGGGGAUGCACCAGACUAUCUUCCUAUGUCAAUGGCUCCUAUCAACUGUCUUCUGUACGCUGACGAUGUUGCCCUUAUAGGCACACCUAACGAUGUGCAAAAAAUGUUGACUGUAGCCAAGACACAUUCAAACCUUCUGGGGUAUAAGUGGAGUCCAUCCAAAUGCGAGGAUUCCCUUUUGCUAGCCAAGGGAUAUAUUGAGCCGACAUGUUCCUUAAGUCGCAGCAAAAAGCUUGUGCAGCAAUGCAAAGCCCAAAAUAUGUGUCUCCGGACAUGUAUUCGACGGCCCAAUGCAACGAUGGGAGUUGUUCAUAUCGCUGCAUUAGCUGCUCUACCCAACCUAUUCACCCGUUCCCGUGCUCUUCAAGCCAAAUUUCUUCGUCGUGCUGAAACACUACUCUCAGUCUCCUUUGUCAAAGCUCUUACCACGCAGCUGGACCUUUCCAAAGAAAAAACGACAUGGGGUGAGCUUCGUCGUAGUGUACUCUGGAAAAAGGCCCAAUUACUGAAAGAACAUCAACCUCGGUUGAAGGACCCAUUAAAAGAAGCCUAUGUUCUACUGUGCCAAAAAGAAAUCGACAUGCAACUUGCGAGCGUUAACCGUCUGGUAACUGUUGCUAGAGGCUUGUGCAAAUCUGUCUGGGAUCUGAUCUUACUACUGCCCUGCACUCGCUCAGAACGAUGUCGCCUGAUCAAAUGGCAAAUUGCUUGGCUACCACCUACACCAUCAGUUGAGUGCCAAUGUGGCGCUAUCAAGGGUAACCGAAACCAUAUACUCCUAUGCCCCACCACAAUCACUUUCGUUCAAAAACUCUGGUCUUUGAUUGAUCCUGCUCCUCCCCCAGAGGUUUAUUUCAUCGACUAUGCUCUCAACUGUCUCCCCAGGUCUUUCAAAUCGCCUGGUACGUGGUGCGAUUGGUGGCCGUGCUUGCUUGCCUUGCUACGUGCUGUUGAUCCAACCACCUCAUCCUACAAGCUGCCAGAAGAAAAAGCUCAUGGUCAAAUCCUCAUCGACCUUGCAGCAAAAUUCCGUGCCACAAAACCAACCCGUCCCCACCGCAUCCUGCCGCCCACCCAAGAACCUGUUCCUGGUGAUCCGUUCCCCCAUCUUCUCUCCGAAAUUUCCACCGUUCCUCGUCAACCCCCUCCAUCUGUGCCCGCCCGAAAUUGUGCCUAG